AUGGAUGUGUCGGUGGUGAUCCCUGUGAAAAAUGGCGUUCCAUUUAUAAACGAAUGCUUGGAAGCUUUGUUGAAACAAACUUUCUGUGGGAACUGGGAGAUCUGUGUCUACGAUGAUGGCAGCACGGAUUCGACAGUUGCUUGUGUGCAAAAUUUCAUACCAAAAUUCCGAUCACGAGGCAUUGACCUACGAAUCAGUAGCGGCGUUGAAUCUGGAGGAGUGGGUUUCGCGAAGAAUCAAGCAGUUAGGAUUUCUUGUGGUCGUUUCAUAUGCUUUUGUGACGCAGACGACGUGCCGCAGCCAACUCGACUUCAGGAACAGUUCGAGAUGGCGAAUAGUCAGAAAAAUGAACUUGUUUUUGUCGGGAGCAAUUUUCAAAGAAUUCCGAAGAACUCGACUGUGCGCUAUUCAAAGUGGGCUACUAGCUUAAAGGAUGAGCAAUUGACGCUACAGGUUUAUACGUCACAUGGCCCAACGCUUAUAGCACCGACAUGGUUCAUUUCUCGCGAGCUCUUUGCAAAAUUGGGUGGUUUCAAAGAUGAAAUUCGCACCGGUUUCCCUGAAGAUCUAGAUUUUUUCUAUCGUGCUUUGGAUCUCAAAGACAUUUCUUUCUGUAAAGUUGACAAAGAACUGGUGAUAUACCGCUACCACUCCGGCUGCGCAUCCCUUGGAGUUUCUGAAGAUGCAAUCUGGACAAUGCGUAUUGAUCGAUUCUGUCAUCGCAUGCUACCCAUGUGGAAAACAUUCACGAUAUGGAAUGCUGGCAAACAAGGGAAGCGUUUUUUUAGGUCAUUAUCGGAUAAGGACAGAGGUCGUGUUGUGUCCUUCUGUGAUGUUGAUGAAAAAAAGAUCCGACGUGGAUGGUUUGAAGACUACGACGAGGCUACUCGUACAGUUCGGAGGAAGUUACCAAUUAUUCAUGUUAAGGUCGCUCGUCCACCAUUGGUUAUCUGUGUGAAAUUGGAUAUGACCGGGGGUGAUCUGGAACGUUUAGUAGCGGAAUCACAGUGGACGGAGGGACGUGACUAUAUCCAUUUCAGUUGA